CACAGGAAGGGGCUGUGUGAAGUCACAGGAAAGGAAGUGGAAAGUCACAUGAAGGGGCUGUGUGAAGUCACAGGGAAGGGCAGUGUGGAGCCACAGGCAGUGUGAGGCCACAGGAAGGAGCUGUGUGUAGCCACAGGAAGGGGCAGUGUGAAGUCACAGGAAGGGGCAAUGGGGUCACAGGAAGGGGCUAUGUGAAGUCAGAGAAAGGGGUUGUGUGAGGCCACAGGAAGAAGCAGUGUGAAGCCACAGGAAGGGGCUGUGUGAAUCACAGGAAGAGGCAGUGUGAAGUUACAGAAGGGGCUUUGUGAAGCCACAGGAAGGGGCAUGGGAAAUCACGGGAAUGAGCUGUGGGAAGUCACAGGGAGGGGCAGAGGGAAGUCACAGGAAGGGGCAGUGGAAAGUCACAAGAAGGGGUGUGUGAAGCCACUGAAAGGGGCAGUGUGAAGUCACAGGAAGGGGCAGUAUGAGGUCACAGGAAGGGGCUGUGUGAAGUCACUGGAAUGGGCAGUGAGAAGUCACAGGGAGUGGCUGUGGGAAGUUACAGGAAGAGGCAACAUGAAGCCACAGGAAUGCGCAGUGUGAAAUCGCAGGCGUCUUGGCUCCGGAGAAGGCUGCGUGGCAAGAGGCGGCCAGUGAUAGCGUUCUGCCUCUUGAUGAUCCUAUCUGCGAUGGCUGUCACCCGCUUUCCCCCACAGCGUCCAUCUGCCGGCCCAGACCCUGGUCCCAUGGAGCCUCAGGGGGUAACUGGCGCCCCUGCAACCCAUAUCCGGCAGGCUUUGAGCUCCAGCCGGAGGCAGCGGGCAAGAAACAUGGGCUUCUGGAGAAGCCGUGCUUUGCCCAGGAACUCCAUCUUGGUCUGUGCUGAGGAGCAAGGCCAUAGAGCAAGAGUGGACAGAAGCAGGGAGUCCCCAGGAGGGGACCUUAGGCAUCCAGGGAGGGUGAGGAGGGACAUUACUUUGUCAGGACAUCCAAGACUCAGUACUCAGCAUGUUGUGCUCCUGAGGGAGGAUGAGAUUGGAGAUCCAGAAACCAAAGACCUGGGCCACCCCCAGCAUGGCGGUCCCAUCCAGGAGACACAGAGUGAGAUGGUCACCCUGGUCAGUCCACUCCCAGGGAGCGACAUGGCAGCUUUACCGGCUUGGAGAGCUACUUCUGGGCUGACACUCUGGCCCCAUACAGCAGAAGGCAGGGAUCUGCUGGGAGCUGAGAACAGAGCCUUGACUGGUGGGCAACAAGCAGAGGAUCCCACCUUGGCCUCAGGGGCUCAUCAGUGGCCUGGCUCUGUUGAGAAGCUGCAAGGGUCAGUAUGGUGUGAUGCUGAGACGCUGUUGAGCAGCUUGAGGACUGGUGGGCAGGCUCCCCCAUGGCUGACAGACCACGAUGUGCAGAUGCUCCGGCUGUUGGCACAGGGGGAGGUGGUGGACAAAGCCAGGGUUCCCGCCCAUGGGCAGGUGCUACAGGUUGGCUUCUCCACUGAGGCUGCCCUUCAGGACCUGUCCUCUCCCAGGCUCAGCCAACUCUGUUCCCAAGGGCUCUGUGGCCUGGUCAAGAGGCCUGGGGACCUGCCUGAGGUCCUGUCCUUCCACGUAGAUCGUGUGCUGGGGCUGCGCCGGAGCCUACCUGCUGUGGCCCGCCGCUUCCAUAGCCCCCUCCUGCCCUACCGAUACACAGACGGUGGAGCAAGGCCUGUCAUCUGGUGGGCGCCCGAUGUGCAGCACCUGAGCGACCCAGAUGAGGAUCAGAACUCUCUGGCCUUGGGCUGGCUGCAGUAUCAGGCCCUGCUGGCACACAGCUGCAACUGGCCAGGCCAGGCCCCAUGCCUGGGCAUCCACCAUACCGAGUGGGCACGCCUGGCGCUCUUCGACUUCCUGUUGCAGGUCCACGACCGCUUGGAUCGCUACUGCUGUGGCUUCGAGCCUGAGCCCUCAGACCCCUGUGUGGAAGAGAGGCUCCGAGAGAAAUGCCGGAACCCAGCCGAGCUGCGGCUGGUCCACAUCCUGGUCCGGAGCAGCGAUCCAUCUCACCUGGUCUACAUCGAUAACGCUGGCAACCUUCAGCACCCUGAGGACAAGCUGAACUUUCGGCUGCUGGAGGGCAUAGAUGGGUUUCCUGAGUCUGCCGUGAAGGUUCUCGCAUCAGGGUGUCUACAGAACAUGCUGCUGAAGUCGCUGCAGAUGGAUCCAGUGUUCUGGGAAAGCCAAGGUGGAGCCCAGGGGCUGAAGCAGGUCCUCCAGACCCUGGAGCGGCGAGGACAGGUGCUGCUGGGACACAUCCAAAAGCACAACCUCACACUCUUCAGGGACGAGGACCCAUAAGCCGCACACAGCCUUCUUUCCAAGGAUACCCUUAUCAAGUGAUGCUGUUCCUCUAGGCCUCAGCCAGUUUCUGUUUAACAGUCUCUGCUUUGCCUUCUGCCUGGUAGACCUACACUCAGCCAGAGGUGGGAGUGAGACACUUGUCAUCCUAGAAAAUGGCAAGAAGAAAGGAAUACAAAGAAACAUUUCGUUGCAAAACAUAAUGUGGAGCUCUCACAUUAGGAUGAGGCUCAUUCUACUUUGUGACUUAACCAGCCGCUUUGAAAUAAAACAGAUCUAAUCCUGUCUCACCAUCGAGAGACUGAACGUGCAAGUGGACAAUGCCCAAACUACAUAUAAUAAUAAAACUCUAUCCACCACCUCUGCAGCAACCAGCUCAGAGAACCAACCACAAUGUCUGUAGCAUCUGCUCAGUAGGGUGAGGACCUAGUCAGUGACUGCCAGCUUCCUUAUUUUUGUCCCUACUUCCAACUCAGGAUCAAUCAGAGAAAGCCAAAUAUGCUCCCCUAACCAAUCAGUUAGGAUGCCCCACCUCUAGUUUGCCCACCUCCAGUGUCUCUCAUGCCAGCAGCCUCCAAUCAGGGUGCACCUGGAGCCUUCCCUUUCUUUCUCACUAUAAAGCUUUCCCAGUCCCUGCCUGUCUUGGAGUCACUGCCAAAUGCAAGUGAUGGUGCUGACCCCCUUGCCGUAGCAAGCCUCUGUCUGUUCUCCCUUGGUUGGUCUUUGUUGAUUUCCAUACUGCCUGGCUGUAAGAAUUAAACAAAGUUAGCUAGUAAUCCAGGUGAAGGCACUGGCCCGGCACCUGGAAGGGUAGGCAAACUGAGCCACAUUCUGAGAGCAGGUUUCCUUUACACUGAAAUGGGGCAGAGGUGGCCGCCUAAGAAAGGAGGGGAAAUCUGCCUGGCAGGGUUGCCUGGUUUUGUGUGUGUGUGUGUGUGUGUGUGUGUGUGUGUGUGUGUAUGUAGAGUUUCUCUUUGAAAAGACCAAGCCGGACUCUUCCUGUCAGUGAGCAAGGCUCCAGCUUGCACCAAGCCCUUUUGUGUGCUGAUGUGAACAGGUCUGCUCAGCAUAGACAGUGGGGGCACAUGGGCAGAUAUGGAGUGGCCCCUCUCAGCCUGCCCAGUGCACAGCAGCCACUUGUAGCACUGUGGCAUAGGGUCCAGCUCUCCCUCCUUAGCUCGUCUGGGAAGGACACCAUUUCCAGGCACUCCCAUCAACACUGACCUCUUCCUACCUGGGGCGGGGAGAAGGGCAGACUCCCUAGGAUAGGUGGUUUACAUGGAUCAAAGCUUUUAACCUCACAGCAACAACAUGGGGAGGUGUGAUUGUUACUAUCUCCAUUUUACAGAUGAGGCACAGAGGGGUUAAAUAACGUACCUAAGCUCACCCAGCUUGUAGGUAGAAGGGUGGGACUUCAAACCCAUCAGGAACUGUGCUAGCAAGUCUUGCUUCCAAGACCACCGCUUUUCCCACCACACUCCCCAGCCCAGCCACCCUGACAGUUCCUCUUCUGCUAAUCCCUUUGGAUUCAGAAGGCUUAGCAGGAGAAGAACUUUCUGUUAAUGAUGUGGCAGGGCUGGUUCUCUAGUCCAGGGAGCUGCAAACUGCAACUCCUGGCCAAGCACAUUCACAUGCAAUUGGCUCUUGGCUUGUUAAAGUCUGCCUAAUCUAUUAGCUGUGUCUUUCCUGCAAACUGGAAACUUCAUCCACUUUUAUCCUUUUCAAGAAAGCCUCUUUGCCUCAGUGCUUGCUGUUCACCCAGCCAUUCCCUCUGGAAUGAGAACCAUGUGCCAAGUGAAGCAAACAGCUGGGAAUCAGUAUGUUCCCACUAAGUGUAGAAGAGUCUGUAGGGUUGGAGCUGCCAUGGGUCUGCAGUGGGUGGGGUGGGGUGAGGGUUCUGCUCCGAUUCAGGCAGAUGAGCCUCAGAGGGUCUGCUGAGGCAAUCACAAUUGCCAGCCUCCGUGCUGCCAGACAGGCCUCACCCCAGGUCCAACCUGCUCCCCCUGCAUCCCCAGCUGAAUGGGCUGCUCCAAGAAAAAUGAUGGUUUCCAAGCUGGAGGAGCUGAAGAUAGUAACACAGGUUCGCAACCUUCUAGAUGCAAUACCAGCAAUUCCCCAGAGCAUGAAAAUCAAAAGCUUUUUUGUAUGUUUGGUGCUAAAACUCAUGUCCCACUCAGUGUGAAUAUUUGUACAACUUACUGCAGAAAUAGUGAUGUGUUGGGUUAUUGGGUGUAACCUCGGACUCUGCUGAGGGCACUGCAUAAUGCACGGCAUGUGAACCAUAUUACCUUUCUAAAUCUGAGAGAUUCAGAAUUCUGAAUCACAUCUGGCCCCCAGGGUUUGAGUAUGGGAUUCUGGACAGACCUGUAAUAACUCAUGCCAAGGGCUUUACACAUCUUAUCUCAUGAAUGACUAACAACAACCCCAAUUUGAUUAUGGUUACCCUACAGAUAAGGAACGAAUGGCAGAGGUAGCGGGGAGGGAAAAAAGACAGGUGGCUUGCCUGAGGCCACACAGAUGGGAGCAGCAGAUUUUUACCCAUGAUGCUGGACAGAUGCUUCAGGGAUCCUGAGAUCUUUGACUUCAGAAGUUUCCAUGGUGGAGGCCCUGGGUGUGGUGCAUCUUGGCGAUGUGGCCACAGCAGCAUCUGAAGGCUCUGUGGUCCUGAGGCCAGAGCCCUGUUCAGUGCAGCCCUUCCUAAACUUAUGUUGUCAUCAAAGAGCCCUUCCUUUGGUUUUUUUGUGGCCUUUGUGUUGCUGUUAUCUUUGUUUUACAGAUGAGGCACAGAGGCGUUAAGUAACAUCUGUCAGCAUUCCUCAAGAUGCACUUUGAGUCAUCCUGACUUGGCUGAAACCCCUUUGUUCUGCAGACAAGGAUCCUGAAGUCCAGGAAGGCCUGGCCAAGGAUGCAGGCGAUGGCUCUUCCCUGGAGGGGUGAAUGCGAUGCUCCUCCUCCCCUAGCCACGGCCCCCACCCUGAGUGGAAUGUCAGAUGUGGGUUCCCUGAGUUGGGUUGGGAGCCUGGAGAUUGGAAGGAAGCCAAGCAGCUCCUUGGCCCGUUCAUCCCCCAUGAGGCUGGAGGGAUGUGAGGAGCCAGCCCACGUGCCUCAGUGGUCUGAGGUUUAACUGACUUCUGCCAUACUGUAGGCCCGUGCUGGGCAGACUAUUAUCAACUGAGUGGAAGUAGGAAGCAUGAGUGCUUAUCCUCCUCUGUCCGCACCCCCAGGCACUCUGUGUUUCAAAGGCACCAGAGAGGUUGUGGCUGAUCUAGAGAGUGAGUGCUCCGAUGGACGAGAGUGGCGGUCGGAAGAAUAGGCAGAAGUUCCCAUGGCCUGAGCCAUCUGGACGGCAGGGCUCUACCCAGGCUGGAGGGGCUGCCUCUCCUGGCAGGAGCUGGUGUCUUCCUUGUGCUCUGAUUCCUGCAGUGUGCGGCUCACAUGCUUGGAGCCCUGAGCAACCUCCUCAGUGCAGGAGCUCUGGGCUAGCCCCACCCCACCUCUCAGACAUCAUCCCGGGUCCCCUGGCCUGCUGCUGAGUCUGAGAGCCUGAGCAGACUCUGAAACCAUCCAUUUGUGGCUGCAGCUGCGAACUUGAGCCAGGAUCAGAAUCAUCUGGAGAUCUUGUUGAAACACAGAUUGCUGGACCCCACCCUCAGAGUUUCUGACUCAGUGGGCCUGGGGUGUGGCCUGAGAAUCUGCAUUUCUAUCAAGUUCCAGGUACUACUGGCACUGCUGGUCCAGGGACAACAUUUUUCAAGUCUUUGCUGUUAAGGAAAAGGUGGAGCCUCUCCGGAGUUUGUGAAAAUGCCAGGCAAUUUGGAAAUUGUGAUGGAAUCAUUCUACAAUGUAUUUGAGAACUAAACAAACAGCUUAUUCUAGCAAAAUCUGAACUAUGUAAGUCCCUCCAAACAGAGUGUUUGGAGACUGAUAGGAAGACUCAGGAGGGAUAGGAGAUUUAACCCAGCUUUUAAUCCAAAGGAAGAAAUCUCUGCAAAGAAGGCAGCCAUUGGUUUUGGUUUGCUUAAGGACAAGGCAAAUAUCUGAGGUCCAUGUGAGAAGAAACGUCAGGCCCGUAACCAUUUCCUCAGGCUGCCUUGACAAUCUUCCACCAAUGGGGUGAUUCAAAACCAUAGUUCUGGGGGUAAGUCGAAAUCAAGGUGUUGGCAGGUUCAUGCUGCCACCUGAGGCUCUGGAGAGAAUCUGUCACAUGCUUCUUCUAGCAUGUGCUGGCUGCCUGGCAUUCCUCCUUUUUUGUUUGUUUGUUUGUUUGUUUGUUUGUUUUGAGAUGGAGUUUCACUCUUAUUGCCCAGGCUGGAGUGCAAUGGUGAGAUCUCGGCUCAUUGCCACCUCCACCUCCCGGGUUCAAGUGAUUCUCCUGCCUUAGCCUCCCAAGUAGCUGGGACUACAGGCAUAUGCCACCACACCUGGCUAAUUUUGUAUUUUUAGUAGAGAUGGGGUUUCUCCAUGUUGGUCAGGCUGGUUUUGAACUCCCAACCUCAGAUGAUCCACCCGCCUUGGCCUCCCAAAGUGCCAGGCCACCGCACCCGGCCUUGUUUUGUUUUUUGGUUUGUGGUUGCAUUGCUCCAAUCCCUACCUCUGUUUUCACAUUGCCUUCUCCACUCCAUGUGUGUCUGUGUUGAAUCUCCCACUGCCUUGCUCGGACAAGGACACUUCACUUGUUAUUAGAUUUAGGGCCCACCCGCAUAAUCCAGGGUAAGAGUUUACUCUCAGGAUUUUUAGAUAUCACUUUCACCAAAUAAAAUACUAUUCAGUCUUUUGCAUUUAAGGUAGUAUUCAUAGAUUCUGGGGACUAGGAAGUGAAUAUUUCUUUGGAGGGACAUUCUUUCAGCCUGCCACAGUGAAAUACUGUAGUCUGUUCAUAUUGGCUUGCAAGAGCUUAUGUUGUAAAGCACAGCCAUUAUUAAAAAAUAAACCUAUAUGCUGGGCGUGGUAGUGCAAGCCUGUAAUCUCAGCUACUCGGGAGGCUGAGGCAGGAGGAUCACUUGAGCUCAGUAGUUCAAGACUGGGCAAUAUAGCGAGACCCACCUCAUUAUUUUCUUUAAAAAGCAUAUCCCAAUUGAAGGGUAUUAAAAAAGAGGAAAAAAACCUAUAUAUCGUUACCAUCAAAUAAAUUGAAACAAAAGUAAUAAGUAUUCAAAAUAUAUCACUUACAAUUAUUUUACUACAUUUUGCUAUCAUCUGUGAUCUUGAGGUUAUUUACAUCUAUUGUAUAUCUGUAUGGUGGAAACACUGUGUAAUUGUGCACUACUAUGCAUUUCUUUCCAACUCUGCAUUCAGUGAUGUCACACUGGUGGCCUGGAAUCUGCCACGGUAAAAGUAUUUAUACCAUGGAAAUCGGUAAAUGCUACAAUUCGGGACUCUUUGCUUUGGAGAGCCGCUGGAAAGGAUGGUCCCCCUGAGGAAUGCCAGAGGGGGUCUCCAGAUUUCAGGUCCACUUAGGGAGAGCUGGUUGGGGAAGCCACACCUGUUCCUCGCAGGAAUCCCAGGCAGAAAAUGCUGCCCUCUAUUGGUGGAGAGAAAUAUGGUCAUUGUUUCGCAACAGGAGAGCCUGGGUGACUCCAGGGAGGCAGCUACCAGGAGCUGUAGCUUAUCCCAAAGGGGCUGGCGGCGGAAGCAGCUGGUGUGGGAUGAAGGGAUGCCCAGGCCACAUGAUGUUUCAAAGGGUAUGACAGGAAUGAUAAACCACUCUGCUUGUGAGAAGCCUGUCCCUCCGUCCCUGACUGGAACAUGUCACCCUUGCAUUGCCUUGUGAAUGGGCAGCAUUGAGCUUGUCUGAGGGAGGAGGCUCACUCUAAGACAGCCAUAAGCACCACCUGGCAUGUUCUAAACAUUUACAGUGGUCUCACGCUGUGCCAAGAGCUUUAGAUACUUCCUCAUCUCAAACUCUCACAACUCCACAAGGUAGGCACUAUUGUUCCCAUUUGACAGAUAAGGAAACCAAUGUUCAGAGAGGUUGGGUCUCUUGCCCAAGGUCACAGAGCAGGUAACUAGUGGAGCUGGGAUUUGAACCCAGGUCUGUUUGACUCCAGAGCCCUUGGUCCCAACCACUAUAGCAUCCUUCCUUCCUUCUUAUAUUCAUUCACUCAUUCACUUGUUCAACAAUUAUUAUCAAGCAAAUUUCCCACAGAGAAUGUAGAAUUUGGAAGGAGUAAGAGGCCAUGCUAUGGUGGCCCCACAUUCCAGAUGUUUGGAGACAGGCCCAGUCUUCCAUAUUCUGUCUGGCUGUCAGAGCGUGUGUCUUGGUGUUGUGUUUGGUAAGCACAUCUCCUGUAACCGAGGAUCCAGAAAGCCUGGGAGAGUAGACAAAGACUGUUGGCAAAAGGGGGUCAAAGGAAGAUCUCUGCCUACACAGAAAUACAGGAGAUACCUCUGUGAAUAUCUGGAGAUAUUUCCCCUUGGCCUGGGCCUGUGGGUGAGUAAACAGCCACCGCCUGGCCCUCCGAGGCACGCUGGCCAGUUCAGGUAGACUUCCUCCAUCUCUCUCCUGGACUACCCAUUUUCCUUUUGCCCAGGCAGGAGGUUUUGGCUCUGAAGGAUGCCUUGCUAUGGACAUUGGUCUUUCCUCUCCUCACACAUGCAUCUACCCUGCCCCAAUGCCUCUUCAAAGGGGAGGAGGCCCAAGAAAAUUUCUUAUGAUCUCUCUGAGGAACUGUGGAGUUCUUCCUCCUCUGUUGCCUCUUCCUCCCAACCCUGGACCAGCAAAGGUGCUGCCUGAGACCUCUCCUGACCUAUAUUGGGUUCUGGUUAGCAUUGCUCAGGGGUGCUCAUUUCAGGGAUCUGGAGAUAUGGCAUUUGGGUAUAGGGGCUGAAGACUUUUGGGGUGGCUGGGAGCUCAGCCUUUGGGACCUCUGGGCAGGGCACAGAGGUGGUUUUGUCCAAGCAACCAGGGAAGAAUCACUGAGUCUCCAAAGCAAUGUAACCAGAGAGGAAAUUGUCUCUAGGUGGAAACUCGGGGUUUGAGACAUCUCACACAGCAGCAGAGGUAGCACUCAGUUUGUGCAGGAAAGUAUCAGUAGGUAUCAUGGGUCCAGUGGACUUGGAAGAGGCUGGGUAGGGGAGAGUGCUGGACUGCAGGACUGCCCACCCUGGGAAGCUGUGAGGCAGAGGAGGAAGCACCUCUUGGGGAGAUGGUGGAGUGAGUCCCAGGGAAUCCCAGAGGUGAUGUUGGUUAGAGGGGUGCUGGCGAUGGGAGGGGCUUGGCCUGCAAGAAAGAAGCAGGCUUACUUACAUAUGUGAGGUGUGAUCUGAGAAAUGCUAGGAAAGUCUAACUUGGCCCCGCUGACCUACUGCUAGUGUCCGAAAUUCCACUGUAGGACCUAGCUCCUCGUAAGGAUUCCUAGGGAACAUCUGGCCUUUUGAGGCAGGUGCAGGGAGAGAGUAGAAGGUGGAGUGAUAGGUCCACCACAGGCAUGUCCCCUGACCCAGAGCAGGCUAAGGUGGGUGAGCUCUAGAAGGUCCCUAGUGCACCAGGGAAUGGAGGUCCAGGGCCCCUCAAGGUGUAGGUAUAGGUAAAGUCACUUAGCUGAUGGAUAUGAGGAUAUGGAUUUUUACAGUCUCCUGUGUGUGUCUUCCCAGCAACAUUUGCUAUGGGAUCAUUGUAUACCACAGACUCUGCAUAACAACAGGAAACAGGGCUUUGCCCUCCAUGUGUCCAUGUGUCAGGCGAGUGGUGCACUGGGCAUCACCUUGGGUACGAGGAGCAUGACCCGGGAAGCCAUGCCUAAAGGGAAUGGUAAGGGUGCCCUGCUUCUUGGAUAUCUGAUUGUCUGGUUCUCAUGACUGCUGCUUCAUUUAAAACAUGCACCCACACACAACAGUGGGGUAGGAUCCCAGGCAUCUUGGAUGAUUUUCACAUCAGGAAUGAAUGGAUGCAUCCUUUCUCUGCCCUGCCCACAUGGAAGUUCUGCAGCCCACAUGAAGGCACAUCUAGUUCUGGUGGGUGACCAUGGUGAAUGUCAGGGAUUGGGCUGCCCAACCUCCACCCACCCUCCUUCUACGGAGCCUCCUGCGCUGCUGAGACUGAAAAGCUGCACACUCCAUUACCCAGGCUCCCUUGCAGCUGGGCUCUGGAUGCAAAUUAGAUUCUACCAUUCAGAUGCUCUCCUGGGAGGAGCCGUCCUCCUGUGUAGACGUCCUCCUGUACCUUUUAGCUAUUUUCAGUUCACAGGCAAAGUGGUGGAGAUGAGAGGUGUUCUAGAGCAGGCUUCAGUAUCCACUUGACAGCUUUCUGGGUCCCGAGGGUGGGAGGCUGGCAGAGUGGGGCUGGACUGUGAUUCCAGUGCCCAGUCACCAGCUUUGUGAUGGUUGAGAGGUGGUUGUGGCACUGGUGACAGCAUCCUGAUCCCUAAAUCCCAGCUCCAUUUGUGGUUCUUGAACUCACAGCCCCAGCAGCAGCCUCUGGGGUUGCGGUGUUUGAAGAAUUGCUCCUUGAGGCCCACCCUGGAGCACUCUCCCCCAGCCCUUCCAAGGAUUUCUUAAACACUUUCUGUUUUGGAAAAAAUUACAAAUUCACAGAAGUUGCAAAAAUAGUACAGGGAGGUCCUGUGUACCCUUCACCCAGUUUCUCCCGUAGUUACAUCUUCCUUAAUUGUAGUGUGAUAUCAAAACCAAGAACUUGACAUUGGUACAAUAUGUGUGAUUCCACAGUCCUCUUAUCACGUGUACACUCAUCAAACACCACGGCAAUCAAGAUAAAGAACUGUUUCAUCACCACAAAGAUCUCCUGCACUCCUAUAUAACCAACCUACCCCUUUCACUCUCUCCCAUUCCUAAACCCUGACAACCACAAAUCUGUUCUCCAUUUCUAUAAUUUUGUCAUUUCAAGAGGAAUGUUACAUAAAUGGAACCACCCAGGAUGUAAACUUUUGAGGCUGGCUUUUCUUCCACUCAGCACUAUGUCCUUGAGACCCAUCCAAGUUGUUGAUGUAUCAGUAACCCACUCCCUUUUGUUGCUGAGUAGUAUUCCAUGGUAUGGAUGUACCACGGUUUGUUUAACGAUUUGCCCAUUGAAGGACAUCUGGGUCAUUUUCAGUUCUUGGCUAUUGCAAAUAAAUCUUCUUGGAACAUUUGGAA